GUCAGAGCCGGCCCGGCCGGUCUCUCCCGUGCUUUGAAGGGGUGGAUCCGACGCGGCCUCCGCCUGCGGAACACAACGGCUGCGACCGAGUGCCUCCACGACGCCCCCUCUCUUCCUCCUCGAUGGUCUCUUCCUCCUUGCAGACGCUCCCGGCGCUUCCUACAGCUUCCACAGGCAUAGGGCAAAGCUACAUCCGGGUCCCCUGGCGACAGCUCCACCGCGGCCUCGGAGGAGGGCAGCACCAACGAACUCCGUGCGCAUGUUCCGAGUCCAUCGCUUCUGGAGGAGUGGAAGGGAGAGGACGGCGCCGUUGCGAACCAAGUGAGUAGAAGCUCGCUAGCGACACCUAGGGAGCCGAGACGUUUGCUGCAUGUGACGCGAAACGAGGAGAAUCUGGAGAAGCCUGCCGCGUUCUGAAAUACAAAGGGACACGUGGCGGUUGUUGGAGGCUGUUGCGUGCGAGGUCACGAAGAUUAGCAUCGCAGUUAAUUGUCCCAUUUACCCUAUGCACAGCUCGUCGAAGCCUCAACUGGUGACUGGUAGUGAGAGCUUCUGCCGUUUUCUACAGGAUCAUUGCCCUGUGGUGACAGAGAUAUAUUAUCCGACUGUGUGGUGCUGGGAAGGCCGCGUGCAGACUCUCCUUCGCCCUUUCAUCACAUCUCGGCCGUAUGUGCAAUAUAGAAAUGAGCUUAUUACUGCAACAGAUGGAGGACAGAUUUCACUGGACUGCUUUGAUAAUCACGAUAGCAUACAUUACCCAGAUUCCAGCACCCGACCCACUAUCCUGUUGCUGCCUGGCCUCACAGGAACAAGCAGGGAAUCCUACAUUCUCCAUAUGAUUCAGCAGAGCAAAGCCCUGGGGUACAGGUGUGUGGUCUUUAACUAUCGCGGUGUUGCUGGUGAAAAUCUCUUGACACCAAGGACCUACUGUGCUGCUAAUACAGAAGAUUUGGAAACUGUUAUUCAUUAUAUACACAAUUUGUAUCCCUCAGCUGCGUUGAUGGCAUCAGGUGUCUCCAUGGGAGGCAUGCUUCUUUUAAACUACCUGGGGAAGACUGGCAAAGAUACACCACUAAAGGCAGCUGCCAUUUUUUCAGCAGGAUGGAAUGUUUUUGAAUCUGCCAACUCCCUAGAAAAACCAGUGAACUGGCUUCUCUUUAAUUACUACUUAACCACUUGUUUGCAGUCUUCAAUAACUAGACAUCGACACAUGUUUGAUAAGCUAUGUAAUAUGAAUCUUGUCAUGAAGGCUAAGACUAUUAGGGAGUUUGAUCAACAGUUCACCUCAGUCAUGUUUGGUUAUCGUACAAUUGAUGAUUACUAUGCAGAUGCUAGUCCUUGUCGAAGACUGAAGAGAAUUGGAAUUCCAGUGUUGUGCUUAAAUUCUCUGGAUGAUGUUUUCUCACCAGAUCAUGCCAUACCAAUAGAAAUUGCAAAACAAAAUCCUAACAUAGCUUUGAUCCUUACUUCUUAUGGAGGCCAUAUUGGUUUUCUGGAAGGUCUGUGGCCAAGAAAAUGCACAUACAUGGACAGAGUCUUCAAACAAUUUGUUCAAGCUGUGUUUGAGCAUGGAAGCAAAAUCUUUACUACAUAGCAAUUUAUCAAAUCAUAACUGCAACACAAUGACAUAUUAUGAUCAGGGUAACUAAGCUUAAUGCACAUGAUUUAGGAAAUAAACCAGCAAUGGGUAAAAUCCAUGAUUAGAAGCAAAAGUAUAGUACAUAUUUUGCAAUAUUACUACUGUUAUAUUUUUAUUUUAAUAUGCCUUCUAAAAAUUACCUUAAAUUAAAGAAAGCACUCUGCAUACAUUGCAUUGCACUGAACCCAUUAAGCAAAAUGAUAAUACUUACUCAGGUUUUUUAUUUAGAAAAUUCACACAUAGAAAUCUUCCAUUUAAGUACUGGUUCUCAUAAAAUUAACUUUCAAAAAUUCAAAUUAUGUUAUAAUACGUGUGGGUUUCUCUAAGGGCAUUAAUGAAGGAAAUGCUAUAGAAAGGUAUUUUUAAAAAUUAUAAAAAUAUCAAUUCAAAAAGCGUUCCUUAAAGUUAACCAUGGAUUACAAUAGCAUUUUUGCACUUGUACACUGUGGGGAUUAUAUUUACAGAUGUUUCAUGUAUGCUGAUGCCAUAUAUGUCUUACUUUUUUUAACACUGCUUGUUAAUGUACAACAUUUAUAUUUAUACCAGAUGUCUUAUGUUAAAAUGCAGAAUGGAAAUAAACCACAUUUUCAAAGAAAUUAA